UUUAGUGUUUCACAGUCGCCAUUUUUCACUAACUCUAGUACUGGUUACACAAAUUUCCGAGACAGGAAGUAAAAAGAAAAAAAAGAUUUGAUUGCAAUAGGAACUUGUGCUGUGUGGGACGAAGCGGUCUUUGUGUUUUAAAUAUUAACCUUCAAACUCAUACAGCAUAAUCAUUACGUGAAUCCUUUGACAGUGACAAGCGACAUGGUGUUGGAUAAAACAUAUUUAGCCGUUUCCAUUUACUUUCUUUACGGAAUAAAUUUUACGUUUGGAAUGGAUUGUGGUCGAACAGCAGUUCCGCCAAAUAUAAGAGUAGUCGGAGGAUAUAAAACUGAGCGACGUGCAUGGCCGUGGGUGGUAAGCCUUAAUUUUGGCAAACCAAUGCGAGGAACAACAGGUACCAGAAGUGGACAUAUUUGCGGUGGUACACUACUACAUUCACAAUGGGUAUUAACGGCUGCACAUUGUCUCGAUAUUCCAGGAAAGCCAAACACAUUCCCUAAGCAUCCUCCAAAACAAUGGCGUGUUACAGCAGGUAUGCACACAAGAAGUGAAGAGGAACAGAAGAAAGGGAAUUGGCAGACAUCAUCGGUGAAACGAUUCAUUUAUCAUAAAGACUUUCGUGACUACAAAGUUUCUGCCAUCAACGAUAUUGCUCUCAUACAACUUUCACAACCUUUCAAAUACACGGAAUAUGUUCGGCCAAUCUGUCUUCCAGGGAAACGAACAGUUCAGCCAGGUUGGAAUCGCUGCUACACGGCGGGUUGGGGAACAACAUCUGAGAAUGGUACACGAUACGCUUUGAGUCUCCAAGAAGUCCCCAUGCCUGUGGUGAAUAAAUGGUAUUGUCGCGCAAGAUACCCAGACAAAUACGUACAAGGUCAACAUAUUUGCGGUGGAGACUGGUUUAGAGGAAACAUGGAUACUUGCAAAGGUGACAGUGGUGGACCAUUAGCUUGCCAACUUGAAAAUGGCUCUUGGUAUGUGGCGGGAAUUGUCUCGUGGGGUGUCGGAUGUGGCCGAAAGCAAACACCCGGGAUCUAUACAGAUGUACAAGCUUACGAAAACUGGAUUUAUCAAGUGGUACGGAAGUUCACAGUCAAGUCCAGCAAAUCUAACAAGCCCAAAGCCUACAUUUCAAAGCACAGCAGCAGGCGAAAACGAAGCUUAAGUUUUCGGUCUGGUGAUUUAAAUAUAAAAGAAACUUUUCAAAUAAAAAAAGUUAUUGGAUUAAAAGAAAACAGAAAAGAACGUCAACCAGAAACUUAUUCACACACUUUUCUUGAUCAUCUAAUAUUAUCACGAACCGACGAUGUUGCUGAUUUCUAUGGAAAUCGACGACAGAUAUUGUGAUUGGUAAUUCAUAAUUUGGGAAUAGAAUAGUCCUUGCGACUUCUAGUGCAACAGGCUGGUUGAUAUAAAAUGUAACGAUUGGAAUGAUUUUGAAACGGCGCUGGCACCCGUAAAUAAACAGUAAUAAACUGCCAACGUCCAAAGCAAAGAAGGCAACGAAGGUACAUUAUAUUACUACUAUAGAAAGAAAAUGUUGUACGACUGCAACUGAGUUAAUUGCUGAAACUAAACUAUACUCGAUAUAAAUCAAACUUAAAAGUUCAUAAAAAUGUUAAUUUUUUGUAAAUUAAAUGAUUUUAUGACAAUGGACCGAAUCAAUCAAAUGAUUCGCGGCUUAUUCAUAUAUAUUGUACAUGUUUUUCUCAAAUAUGAAAAAUUCUUGGUGUUAUAAUGACUUUUAACAAAUGAUAUUUUCAACAUAAUUUUUGCAAUGAUGUUUAUUUUGAAAAUUUGAUUAAUGCAACUUUAACGAAGGUACGGUAUUUAUAGCCUUCUAUGGUAAACUUUUAACGUAAGUAUAGUUAAUAGCGAUUAUUAACGAAAUCUCCAUUUUUAGGAGAUGAAUACUUGAAUCAGUGUUUCAUAGUUUUUUUUUUAAAUAAUCGAAAAGUAUAAUUUUAUUGUACAAUCUAUAUUUUAUCCAAAACCAUAAUUUGGGGUUAAGGGUAUACGCCGAUUUUUAGUUUCACAUUGAAGAAUUUCUAUUAUUGAAAUAAAAAUCGAUUUUGAUUGAUACCGUUCCUCAUUACAACUUUAAAUAAAAUGUAGCCUUGCAGGUAUUAGUUUUGUCAAAUAUAUGUAAAAGUAGAAAACAUUCGACUGCUGCAACACAUGAAUGACAUGAAAC